AUGAGUUAUAUUGCAAAACAUUCCACUUUACCUUCAAAUUUUAUUGGGUUUAAUACUAUUGCCAAAUCUAAUGAUGAAUCUCCUUUGAAAGAUUUCAUCGCUUCUCAUGAAGGUCAUUCGAUUAUUUCCAAGAUCUUAAUUGCUAACAAUGGUAUUGCUGCUGUAAAGGAAAUUAGGUCCAUUAGAAAAUGGUCUUAUGAAACAUUUGGUAAUGAUCGUAUCAUUCAAUUCGUAGUUAUGGCAACUCCAGAUGAUUUAAAGGCAAAUUCAGAAUAUAUUAGAAUGGCUGAUCAAUUCAUCGAAGUUCCAGGAGGAACAAAUAACAACAAUUAUGCUAAUGUAGAUUUAAUUGUGGAUAUCGCUGAAAGAACCGAUGUAGAUGCCGUUUGGGCUGGUUGGGGUCAUGCUUCUGAAAACCCUCAUUUACCUGAAAAAUUGGCACAAUCUCAUAGAAAAAUAUUAUUUAUUGGUCCUCCAGGUAGUGCCAUGCGUUCAUUAGGUGAUAAAAUUUCCUCUACAAUUGUUGCACAACAUGCAAAAGUUCCUUGUAUCCCAUGGUCUGGGACUGGCGUGGAUACCGUUCAUAUUGAUUCAAAGACAGGUCUAGUGUCUGUAGAUGACGAUAUUUAUCAACAAGGGUGCUGUUCUUCUCCAGAAGAUGGUCUUGAGAAGGCUAAAAAGAUUGGUUUCCCGGUAAUGAUCAAAGCUUCUGAAGGUGGUGGUGGUAAAGGUAUUAGACAAGUAGAACGUGAGGAAGAUUUCAUAUCGCUUUAUAAUCAAGCUAUGAAUGAAAUUCCAGGUUCUCCAAUCUUUAUUAUGAAAUUAGCAGGUAGGGCUCGUCAUUUAGAAGUCCAAUUAUUAGCCGAUCAAUACGGUAACAAUAUAUCUUUAUUCGGUAGAGAUUGUUCUGUUCAAAGAAGACAUCAAAAGAUUAUUGAAGAAGCACCAGUUACGAUUGCUAAACCUAUAACUUUUACUGAAAUGGAAAAAGCUGCUGUAAGACUGGGGAAAUUGGUUGGUUACGUAUCAGCUGGUACUGUGGAAUAUCUGUAUAGUCACGAAGAUGAAAAGUUCUAUUUCUUAGAAUUAAAUCCAAGAUUACAAGUGGAGCAUCCAACUACUGAAAUGGUUAGUGGCGUAAACUUACCUGCUGCCCAAUUACAAAUCGCUAUGGGUAUUCCAUUACAUAGAAUUAAAGAUAUUAGAGUCCUUUAUGGUUUGAAUCCUCAUACUUCUACAGAAAUUGACUUUGAUUUCUCCACUGAAGAAUCCAAAAAGAUUCAAAGAAAACCUGUUCCAAAGGGCCAUUGUACUGCGUGCCGUAUCACUUCUGAAGAUCCAAAUGAAGGUUUUAAACCAUCCGGUGGUUCAUUACAUGAAUUAAAUUUCCGUUCAUCUUCAAAUGUUUGGGGUUAUUUCUCUGUGGGUAACAAUGGUAACAUUCAUUCAUUCUCUGAUUCUCAAUUCGGUCAUAUCUUUGCCUUUGGUGAAAAUAGACAAGCUUCUAGAAAACAUAUGGUUGUCGCCUUAAAAGAAUUAUCUAUUAGGGGUGACUUUAGGACCACUGUGGAAUAUUUGAUUAAGUUAUUAGAAACCGAAGAUUUCGAAGAUAAUACCAUUACAACUGGCUGGCUAGAUGAUUUGAUUUUACAUAAAAUGACUGCCGAAAAACCAGAUCCUACUUUGGCUGUAAUCUGUGGUGCUGCAACUAAAGCUUUCAUCGCUUCUGAAACCAAUUGUAAUGAAUAUAUAGAAUCUUUGAGGAGAGGUCAAGUUUCUUCCAGUGUUCUUCUACAAACAAUGUUUCCAAUAGAGUUUAUUCAUGAAGGAAAACGCUUCAAAUUUACCGUAGCCAAAUCUGCUGAUGACUUAUAUACUCUUUUCAUCAAUGGUUCCAAAUGUGAAGUAUCUGUUCAUAAAUUAUCUGAUGGUGGUUUGCUAAUCGCUAUUGGUGGGAAAUCACAUACCAUCUAUUGGAAAGAUGAAGUUGCUUCAACAAGAUUAUCAGUAGACUCAAUGACUACCUUAUUAGAAGUAGAAAAUGAUCCAACACAAUUACGUACUCCAUCUCCAGGUAAAUUAGUUAAAUAUUUAGUUGAAAACGGUGAUCAUAUUAAUUCAGGUGAAGCUUAUGCCGAAGUUGAAGUUAUGAAAAUGCAAAUGCCCUUAAUAGCUCAAGAAUCUGGUAUCGUUCAACUACUAAAACAACCUGGUUCAACCAUAUCCGCAGGUGAUAUCAUUGCCAUUUUAACACUAGACGACCCAUCAAAAGUUAAACAUGCCUUGCCAUUCGAAGGAAUGCUACCGGACUUCGGUUCUCCAAAUAUUCAAGGUAAGAAACCUGUUCAAAAGUUCAAAUUCUUAAUCUCAACUCUACAAAAUAUUUUAAAAGGUUAUGAUAAUCAAGUUGUAAUGGAUGCUACUUUAAAUCAAUUGAUCCAUGUAUUAAGAGAUCCUACUUUACCUUAUUCAGAAUGGCAAUCGCAAGUAUCUGCUUUACAUUCUAGAUUACCAAUUAAAUUAGAUGAACAGCUUAAUGAAUUAGUCGAUAGAUCUCUAAAGCGUAAUGCCGUGUUCCCAGCUAGACAAUUGAAGAAAAUGCUAGAUUUGGAAGUUGAAAAACAACGUUCUGAAAAAAUACCGGAAUCUGAUAUUUUACUUUUUAAGACAACUAUUGAACCAUUAUUAGAUAUUACAAAGAGAUUUGAAAAUGGCUUGGAACAUCAUGAACAUUCCAUAUUUGUGAAAUUAUUGGAAGAAUAUUACAAUGUUGAAAAAUUAUUUAACGGUCCAAACGUUAGGGAAGAAAAUGUUAUCUUAAAAUUACGUGAUGAAAACCCUGAUGAUUUAGAUAAAGUUGUAUUAAUAGUUUUAUCUCAUUCAAGAAUAUCUGCCAAAAAUAAUUUAAUCUUGGCCAUUCUAAAACACUACCAACCUCUAUGUAAAUUAUCUUCUGAUAUUGCAAGUAUUAUUGCUGAUCCUUUGCAACAUAUUGUAGAAUUAGAAUCCAAAGCUACUGCUAAAGUAGCUUUACAGGCAAGAGAAAUCUUAAUUCAAGGUGCACUACCUUCUGUUAAGGAAAGAACUGAACAGAUUGAACACAUCUUGAAAUCCUCAGUUGUUAAAACUGCUUAUGGUGAUACCCAUCCUAAACGUUCUGAACCAGACUUGGAAGUAUUGAAAGAUUUGAUUGAUUCAAAAUAUGUUGUUUUUGAUGUUUUAACACCUUUCUUAAACCAUUCUGAUCACUCAGUUUGUGCUGCUGCUGCUCAGGUUUAUGUACGUCGUGCGUAUAGAGCUUACACUGUUGCAGAUGUUAAAGUUCAUGAUGGUACCAAUAACCCAAUUUGUGAAUGGAAAUUCCAGUUACCUUCUGCCGCAUUCUCUGCAAUCCCAUUAGUUAAAAAUAAAUUUGGUAUGAAUAGAGCUGUUUCUGUUUCUGAUUUAUCUUAUGUUGUCGAUAGUGAAAAUGCCCCAUUAAGAACUGGUAUUCUAUCAGCUGUCGAUCAUUUAGAUGACGUAGAUGAUGCUAUCACCCAAAGUGUUGAUGUUAUUCCAAAACAUCAUCAUAAUACCGGAAACUCCGCUGGCCCAGCUCCAGAUAGAUCAUCAAACAAUCCAACAUCUUUAAGUAACAUUAUCAAUGUUUACGUACAUUCUACUGAAGGGUUUUCUUCUGAGACUGAUGUUUUGAAGAGAUUAAGUGAAAUAUUGAAUUUAAACAAACAAGUACUAGUAAAGUCAGGUAUCCGUCGUAUUACUUUCUUGUUUGGUUUCGAUGAUGGUUCUUAUCCAAAGUAUUAUACCUUUAAGGGUCCAAACUAUUCUGAAGAUGAAACUAUUCGUCAUAUUGAACCUGCUUUGGCUUUCCAAUUAGAAUUGGGUAGAAUGGCCAAUUUUGAUAUCAAACCAAUCUUUACUGAAAAUAGAAAUAUUCAUGUCUAUGAAGCUGUUAGUAAGACAUCUCCAUUAGAUAAAAGAUUUUUCACAAGAGGUAUAAUUAGAACAGGUAGCAUUCGUGAAGAUGUAUCAAUUCAAGAAUAUUUGACUUCUGAAGCUCAUAGAUUAAUGAGUGAUAUCUUAGACAACUUAGAAAUCUUAGAUACUUCUAAUUCCGACUUGAACCAUAUUUUCAUUCACUUCUCUGCAGUCUUUGAUGUUUCUCCAGAAGAUGUUGAAGCCGCUUUUGGUGGUUUCUUGGGUAGAUUCGGUAAGAGAUUAAUGAGAUUACGUGUUACUUCUGCUGAAAUCCGUAUCAUCAUCAAAGAUCCAGAAACAGGUGCUCCAGUACCAUUACGUGCUCUAAUUAAUAAUGUUUCUGGUUAUGUUGUCAAGAGUGAAUUGUACAUUGAAAUUAAGAAUGCUAAAGGUGAAUGGGUUUUCAAGUCUUUGGGUAAACCAGGUUCUAUGCAUUUAAGACCAAUUGCUACUCCAUACCCUGUCAAAGAAUGGCUACAACCAAAACGUUACAAGGCUCAUUUAAUGGGUACUACUUAUGUAUACGAUUUCCCUGAAUUAUUCCAUCAAGCUGCAGUUUUAGAAUGGACUAAACAUUCUCCAAAGGUUAAAUUAGAUGAUGAUUUCUUUGUUGCUAACGAAUUGAUCGAAGAUGAAAAUGGUGAAUUAGCUGAAGUCGAACGUGAAGCUGGUGCAAACAACAUUGGUAUGGUUGCUUUCAAAGUUACUGUCAAGACUCCUGAAUACCCUCGUGGCCGUCAAUUUGUUAUUGUUGCUAAUGAUAUCACCUUCAAAAUUGGGUCUUUUGGUCCACAAGAAGAUGAAUUCUUUAAUAAAGUCACCGAAUAUGCUAGAAAGUUGGGUAUUCCAAGAAUUUACUUAUCUGCAAAUUCUGGUGCUAGAAUUGGUAUUGCUGAUGAAUUGGUUCCAUUGUACCAAGUUGCUUGGAAUGAUCCAACUUCUGAAGCCAAGGGUUUCAAGUAUCUGUACUUAAAUGAUUCUGGCAUUGAAGAAUUAAAGAAAUACGGUAAAGAAGGAUCUGUUGUUACUGAGCCAAUUGUGGAAAAUGGUGAACAAAGACAUGUUAUCAAAACAAUUAUUGGUUCAGAAGAUGGGUUAGGUGUAGAAUGUUUGAGAGGUUCUGGUUUAAUCGCUGGUGCAACUUCAAGAGCAUACACUGAUAUUUUCACCAUUACUUUAGUCACAUGUAGAUCUGUCGGUAUUGGUGCUUAUUUGGUUAGGUUAGGUCAAAGAGCCAUUCAAAUUGAAGGUCAACCAAUUAUUUUAACAGGUGCUCCUGCCAUUAAUAAGGUUCUAGGUAAGGAAGUUUACACAUCCAACUUGCAAUUAGGUGGUACUCAAAUCAUGUACAAUAAUGGUGUCUCUCAUUUGACUGCUCCCGACGAUUUAGCUGCUGUUCAACAAAUUAUGAAGUGGUUGUCCUAUAUUCCCGCCAAACGUAAUAUGCCAGUUCCAAUUCUGGAAUCGGAUGAUAAGUGGGAUAGAUCUGUUGAUUAUUGCCCACCAGGUGAUAAAGCUCCUUAUGAUGUCAGAUGGAUGAUUGAAGGUCGCGAUGGCCCAAACGGAUUUGAAUACGGGUUAUUCGAUAAAGGCUCAUUCUUUGAAACUUUGUCUGGUUGGGCUAAGGGUGUUGUUGUAGGUAGAGCUCGUUUAGGUGGUAUCCCAAUGGGUGUCAUCGCUGUAUCUACUCAAACAGUUGAGACUAUUAUUCCAGCUGACCCAGCCAAUCCAGAUUCCACUGAAACUUUGGUUCAAGAAGCUGGCCAAGUUUGGUAUCCAAAUUCUGCUUUCAAGACAGCUCAAGCCAUUAAAGAUUUUAACCAUGGUGAACAAUUACCACUAAUGAUUUUAGCUAAUUGGAGAGGUUUCUCUGGUGGUCAGCGUGAUAUGUUCAAUGAAGUUUUGAAAUAUGGUUCUUUCAUUGUUGAUGCUUUAGUUGAAUAUAAACAACCAAUUUUCAUCUAUAUUCCACCAACUGGUGAACUAAGAGGUGGUUCUUGGGUUGUUGUUGAUCCAACCAUUAAUCCAGAACAGAUGGAAAUGUAUGCUGAUGUAGACUCAAGAGCUGGUGUCUUAGAACCAGAAGGUAUGGUUGGUAUUAAGUAUCGUAGGGAAAAAUUAUUAUCCACUAUGGCAAGAUUGGACAAGAAAUACCGUGAUUUGAAAGAACAAUUAAUGAACAGUAAACUAAGCACUGAAGAACACCAAGAACUAAGCAAGAAAUUAUCGUUACGUGAAAAACAAUUAUACCCAGUCUAUAGUCAAAUCAGUGUUCAAUUUGCUGAUUUACAUGACAGAACCGGCCGUAUGUUAGCUAAGGAUACCAUUAGGAAGGAAUUAGAAUGGAGCGAAUCUCGUAGAUUCUUCUUCUGGAGAUUGAGAAGAAGAUUAAACGAAGAAUAUUUGAUUCGUCGUCUAGACAAGGAAUUAAAGACUUCCAGUAGACUGGAAAAGAUGGCUAGAUUAAGAAGUUGGUAUUCUAAAGAUAUUACAAUUGAAGAUGAUAAAAGUGUUGCCGUUUGGAUCGAAGAAAACUACCAUGUCGUUGAAGAAAAAUUGAAGGGCUUAAAACUAGAAAAAUUUGCUCAAGAAUUAGCUAAAUCUAUUAGAAAUGAUCAUGAUAAUUCAAUUAUCGGAUUAUCAGAAGUUUUGAAAAUGUUAAGCGCUGAAGAUAAGGAGAAGCUUUCAAAGAGCUUAGUCUAG